GGCAGAAUUAGACAGACUGGUAUGUAAGAGAUUAAUAAGUCCAAAUGGGCAUCUUUCCCCUGCACCUGAGCCGUCCUGGAGGCAGAAGUAGGGGGCUGCAGACAGUUGUACACAUUCCCAUAGCAGAUGAAGCUUUUCCCUAUGAAUCCAUGUGAAGCUCUGCUCCUCCUCCUCCUCCAGUUCCAGCGGCGAGGCAGGCAGAGUGCAGGCAGCUAUGUGAGACACAUAGGUACAUCCAUAUAGUGGAGUCAGUGAAGAUCGUUCCCAGUGUACUGACAGCUGUAGGAUCUGCUUGUGACAUCCCCGUCCCCUGCUGCUCUGUACACAGCCUCUGCCAUUCAUUACUCUCUUUGAAUUGCCCGCUGCCAGUGUAUGCCACCCAAGACAAUAGCUAAUGUGAUUUCAUUGAGAAACCGUCUCGGGAUUAUCUAGAGGGGUAUGCCAUUGUGGAAUGGAGUUUUUAGCAAGUUCCUUUUUGCAGCUCCUGGAUAUAUGGAGUCUUGAUGCUCCCUGGUACACAGCUCAUGACUGAUCAGGACACUUGUUUGAUACACAUCCUACAAAUCAAGGUAAUGGGAAGGAAGGGUUCCUGGGAAAGGUGCCUUGCUUAAACUGAAUGUACCCCCAUCCUGGUUUAAGCUUCCAUACAGCCAAGGGCAUAGGACACUGACCUGGAUCACCAGUCCAAGACACAGGAUCCAAAGAGAACAGUCGCCAGGAUUAGUCAAGUAGCAGAACACAGACAGGAAGAAGAUGCCAUUCCAUCAUGUGACUGCUGGCUUGUUGUACAAAGGAAAUAACUACUUGAACCGAUCGCUUUCUACAGGAAGUGACAGUGAACAGCUUGCUAACAUCUCAGUUGAAGAACUAGAUGAAAUUCGUGAAGCCUUUAGAGUACUGGACCGAGAUGGGAACGGAUUUAUUUCAAAACAAGAACUUGGCAUGGCAAUGCGAUCUUUGGGGUACAUGCCAAGUGAAGUUGAGUUGGCUAUCAUUAUGCAACGCCUUGAUAUGGACGGGGAUGGUCAAGUGGAUUUUGACGAAUUUAUGACAAUUCUUGGUCCUAAACUGGUAUCCACAGAGGGUCGGGAUGGAUUCCUGGGAAAUACAAUAGAUAGCAUAUUCUGGCAGUUUGACAUGCAAAGGAUAACACUGGAGGAAUUAAAGCACAUUCUUUAUCACGCAUUUCGUGAUCAUUUAACAAUGAAGGACAUUGAAAACAUAAUCAUAAAUGAAGAGGAAAGUUUGAAUGAAAAUUCUGGAAACUGUCAAACAGAGUUUGAAGGUGUACAUUCCGCGAAGCAGAACAGGCAAACCUGUGUACGGAAGAGCCUUAUAUGUGCAUUUGCCAUGGCCUUUAUUAUAAGUGUCAUGCUGAUUGCAGCCAACCAGAUUCUUCGGAGUGGAAUGGAGUAGUUCUUUCACCAUAGCACUGUGAUCAAAAAUAACCAUGCAUGCGCAUGCCUAGAUGAACAUUUUUCUUAUUGAAUAUUUAAUGGAAACUGCGGAGAGAAGAAUCGUUCUGCAAACAAUACAAGGCCAGCAGUCAUGAAGUGAUGUGCAGAACAAUUGAACCUUCUCGGCAGGGACACAAAAAGGGCUGUCUUAAUGCUUUAAUGGUUUUGUUUCCUAAUGCAAUAAACCUGCAGGAGUUCUGAAUUAUUACUUCAAAGUUAAGUAAAAACCUUAUAAUGUUGUAUCUGUGCACAGAUGCCAGGCCAUGAACAUUGACAGGUAAAAAUGUACAUGGUUUAUAAAUAUAAUUAUUCAUCCACACCUGAAAUUUCAGGAAUAAAUCAAUCUAUAUUUUGCACUAAGCCAAUGGCAACCAAGGAAAUGUGGUAAACUAAUGGCUUAUUAUUAUUAUUAUUAUUAUUGAUUUAUCUUGUUACUUUUACAUAUUGUCAUUAGAUAUUUUAUAAAAGUUAAUUUUAUAUUUGGGGCUGGAGGUAAAUUUAACUAAAUGGUUUGUUAUAGUAACUUAUUUGUCAUUUGAUCGUCCACAUUUGGAAAGCGUCCUUGUAUUUAUCUAAUAAUAUUAUUUUUUUCUUAUAAUGACUGAAGCAAUAAUAACAUCAAUGGCACAAGGGGGAAAUCAAUUUACUUUGAAGAUAUUCUUGGAAUAUGUGGUUGAUAGUACUAUGCUGAUGCAUUGGUUAAUCGGCUUGCAAUCUAAUAUUUAACUCUUCAAUGCAGAUAUGUGGAUAGCGUGACAAUGUACUAGUGUGAAAUACCCUUGCACAUACCACUUUGAAUAAAUUCAGACUAGCCAAAGCCAUACUAAUAUUUCUUUGCACUUCCAUGCUAAAAGCCUCCAUUGCUGGAAUGUAUUUUUAUUGAAUGACUUUUCGUUUCUGACCUCCCACUCUCAUAUGGGAGGUCAUCAUUUUAUCAUUUCAAAUUUUUGGCAUCUUCUAUUUCCUAAUUCUAAAUUUGCUUUUAAAAAAAAUGAAUGGUUUAAAUUUAAGAUCUUUAAUGCUCAUUACUUAAAGGGGUACUCAGGCCCUAGACAUCUUAUCCCCUAUCCAAAGGAUAGAGGAUAAGAUGUCUGAUCGCGGGAUCCUGCCACCGGGAACCCCCAUGAUCUCUCCUGUAGCACCCUGUGUCCUCUGCUGCUUAGAGCGAACUUUGCUCUGUGCAUGAUGACAGGGGAUACAGGGGCCAAAGUAUUGUGAAGUCACGGCCCCGCCCCCUCAAUACAAGUCUAUGGGCGCCUGUAUCCCAUGUCAUCAGGAACGUAGCAAAGUUUGCUCCAUGCAGCAGAUGACACAGGGUGCUGCAGGAGAGAUCGUGGAGGAUUCCAGCGGCGGGACACCCGUGAUCAGACAUCUUAUAACCUAUCCUAUGUAUAGGGGAUAAGAUGUCUAGGGGCAGAGUACCCCUUUAAGGUCAAUAUUAUUUGCUUAACGUGGUUGAAUACUUCCAUUUUGUAAGUGAAUUUCAGCAGAAAACAAUGUAAAUGUUUAUGUGAAUAUUUUCAAUGUAGACAAUAUUUGACUAACUGGAGAAAAAAAGUGCACAGAUUAAGAGUUAUAUAUCUUGUAGCAAAUUCUAUGAUAUAACUAGCUAUUCUUGGUCUGCACAAAUUAGAAUUGUUCCUUUGAAUGAACAAAGAUUUUGUUUUCUUUGAAAGAACAUAAAGAAAAAUACUGAGUGGUUACAACUGUGCUCAGAACGUAGGCAUUCAAUGGCAGAACCUGCUGGUGCUGAUUUAUACUCUGACAUUACAUUUGGUAUUCAAUCUAUUUUGAUUUUCCUUUCACCCCUGUAUAGCGGGAAUGAAGUUGCAAUGUAAAUGGGAAAUAUUUGCAUACUUUAUAUGCAAAGGUAUUGUAGACUAUAUAGAUUUAUGUCUCUUUGCCUCAGACAAAGAACAAUCAUAACAAUCAACUGAUUGUAUGGGAUUCUGUAGAAAAUAGGCAGGGUGUUAACUGCUAAUGGACGUUUGUUCAGAAAGCAACCACGGGAGGUUAGGAAUUGGCAAGUCAUAUUGAUUUAGGGAUAAAAAUAAACUUUUACAACAGUAAGUCAGUUUAUUCAUAAGCUUGUACAGAUUUUUUUUAGGGUGUUUGUUGUAUUUUUCUUUCCUUAAAAAAUUACAAAAAUUUUAAUCUGAGAGGACUUGUUCAGCCUAGUAUUGAUCCUUGUAAUAUUGUGGCAUCAAACAUAGGAGUUGAAGAAACAUAACAUGUAUAAAAAAUAUCCUCUUGUCCAGGGAGUAAAGGGCUUGUAAGGGAGUAGAAAAGGACUAGAGGGGGCAAGUACCAACUAUCGAUCAUCGUGCGCUGCUGAAACCACAUCAGCAACAUUAUGCAGCUAUUGAACAUCAUGUGCGAGCUUGGUUAUGCCCAUACACAAUGAUUAUGACUUGGUGCCUACCCCUUCUCUUCUUGGAAGGCAUACUUAUGAGAUGUGCCAAGAGGGAAAGUGGAGCUUCGAGGAGAAGAGCAGGUAACACUUUUUCUGAUCCCUGGACAACCCCUUUAAUAAUCUCCUUUAUUAUGAUUCUAUUCUGACACAAUCUAUAUUUGUCUUUAAGAUAUCUGAAUGCUGACCCCCAUUGCUCAAUCUGUUUUAAAAGUACAGGAAUGUGAUUGUCUCUCCCUUAUGCUAAGCCCCAACCCCUACCAUUUUUCUGCCAUUAGUGAAAAUGAACAGGAGAAAAUGAAUACUUAUGGAUAUCUCAAAGACUGUUUCAGAGGCAUGCAGAAAAUCCAGCAAACUGGCAUUACCCAUGGACAAAUUUCUCUUCUGUCUAUUUUAAUUGUUUUUUUUUUUUCUAGAUUUCAAAUCAUUUCUCAAAAAUGUAUUGGAAAAUAUAUAGUACACCACUCUCACUAGUGAGUAUAUUAGACUAUGCUACUACAAAACCAAUAGGCAUAAUAGAAAUAGUCAAGUAGUAAAAUUUAAGGAAUUCCAGAAGAAAAACACAAUAAAUGUACAGUGCAUACAUUUUUAUUGCUGACUGUUUAUUGAUUAUGGAUUGCUAGUAAAAUCUGUUGGUUAUUUCAUCACUUAUUCCUUCUAUUACAUUGGAUUAACUGUAAGCAAUGUGCCCACAUUAGCCGUACAGUCUGGUUACAUAUGACAGCUAAUAAGAACUACAGCAAGGAUUAAAAUAAUGUAUAUAUUAUAACGUUAACAUUUCUACUUUAGCA